AGGCCGUUCAGUCCGUUUUCAAUUGUCUUGCAAUAUGCACUGAUCACUCGUUUUUUUUAAGUCGAUUGUUGACAAUGUCAGUGAGUGCUUGAUUUUAAAACAGAGCAAGGUAAUUGGACAAGAUGGAGUCAGAUAAAAAACAGAACCUGCCGAUGGAGAACUUCAGCUCUACGGCAGAGCUUACGAGCAAUUUGGGCUUUCAGUCGUCACUAAGCUUAGCACCAAAAGCUACCAGUGAUGAAAAAGCUUACAAUCCAUUUGAACACAGGAACCUGGCGCAUCCAAAUUCGACCAUUGGCUCAAUCCUGCAUCUCCUGAAAGCAUGUCUUGGCUCAGGGAUCCUGGCCAUGCCGGCGGCGUUCAAGAAUGCCGGUCUCAUCGCGGGAACCAUUGGGACCCUCCUCGCUGGUGUUAUAUGCACACACACUGUCCAUAUCCUGGUUAAAACCUCGCAACAAGUAUGCGUGGAUGCCAAGAAGCCGUCAAUGAGUUUCGCAGACACUUGCGGUGCAGCCUUCACUUACGGGCCCAAACGGGUCCAAGGAUGGGGAAAUGCUGUCAAAAAUAUAGUCGAUUGUUCAAUGACACUGGCAUACAUCGGGGUGCUGUGUGUCUACGUCGUAUUCAUCGGAUCUUCUUUCAAGGAGGUCCUCGACGUCUUCUACCCAGAACUCGGCCUGUCCAUCCAAGUGUACUGUGCAUUAACCCUCAUCCCACUAGUCCUGAUCUGCCAGAUUCGGAACCUCAAGCAUCUGGUGCCGUUCUCGGCUUUGGCCAACUUCUUGAUCCUGGUGGUCUUCGCGAUCACAUUGUACUAUGUGUUCACGGACCUACCACCGGUCACGGAUAGAGAAAUGGUGGCCAGCAUUACACAGUGGCCUUUGUUCUUGAGCACCGUGGUCUUCGCGAUGGAAGGCAUUGGCGUAGUCAUGCCAGUUGAGAACGAGAUGGCCAACCCUCGCCGGUUCCUCGGCUGCCCAGGAGUGCUGAAUGUGGCCAUGGUCAUCGUCAUCGUGCUCUAUGGUGUAGUGGGCUUCUUCGGCUACGUCCAGUACGGAGACGCUGUGAAAGGCAGCAUCACCUUGAACCUGCCGGAGGAUGCUAUCGUCGCUCAAAGUGCAAAGCUUCUGAUGGGCAUAGUGAUGUACCUGUCAUACGCUCUCCAAUUCUACGUCCCCAUGGAAAUGGUGACCAGGCUGCUGGGAACCAGAGGGGAGAACUACCAGAAUGUCAUCCAGAUCAGCAUCAGGACUGCGAUGGUCGCUUUUUCUGUUGCCAUAGGAGCUGCAUUCCCGAGCUUAGAGCUGGUCAUCAGCUUCGUUGGAGCGGUGUUCUUCUCGACUCUCGGUCUUCUCAUACCAGCGGUCGUGGACACGGUCUACCACUGGGACAGGGAUCUGGGCUUCAUGAAGUACGUUCUCUGGAAGAACAUCCUCAUCAGCAUCAUCUCCCUUGUAUGCUUAGUCUCUGGGGCCUAUACUUCCAUCCAGGGAAUGUUCGAGGAGUUCGGUGGCGGCCAUCAUGAGACCUUCGAUAAUGCUACUCUGACAUGAUGUUCCUAGUCCAACAAUUUGAGAGUUGUUCCAUUUGGAUCCCUACUGGUUUCCUGUGGGAUUCGUGGGAUUUUUUUAUAUUUACUAUUCCCGUAGAGUAGAAGUAGAGUAGAUUAAGUAGUUAUGUGUAAAAAGUUAAAAUAAAUAUUGUUUUCUUAUAAUUCUCUAGCUAGGCUGUACUUGCCAAUCAAAAAAGCGAUCAAACUGUAGUCGUAGAGUAUUCAGUGGAUCAUAUUAUUACAGGUGUACUAGCUUUCCGCCCGCGGCUUCGCCCGCGUGGAAUAUUUCGGUUUUUUAUAUAACCUAUGACACUCAACAAUAAUGUGGCUUUCUAUUGGUGAAAUAAUUUUUAUAAUCGGUUCAGUAGAUCCCGAGAUUAUCCCUUACAAUUUAACAAAUAUACAAACACACAAACUUUACCUCUUUAUAUUAGUAUAGAUUAACAAAUUAUAAUAAUUAGCGGAAUCGAUUUGGGGGUCAGACCAAAACAACUCUAAUUUGAGGUUUGCGAGUUUUAAUUAAUGUACAGUUGUUAGUCUAAGUUACACAAAUGUAUUUAUUUUUAGAUUUUUAAUAAUACUAUUAUUAUUUAAGUUUGUUACCAGUUAUUGACUAAGCUAGGUACUAAUUUUAAUUGACAAUUAAUUUGAGGUUACUAACUUUAAAUCAGUGAUAACUAAUACUUAGUUAAUAGUAUUAUAAGGAUUUGUACAAAAUAGAGGCUGUGAUUCCAUUUCUAAGUACAAAAAUAAAAAUAAAUAAAUCAUAUUUUUAUCACUUGUACAGUUUCAUAAAGACAUUUACAGUAAAAACAGAAAUACUUAUUUUCGGACCUUACUAUUUGUUUAUCACAAUAAUAUAAAUGUCUCUCUUUAUUUUCUAUUAAAAAAAGGUUUAAGAGAAAACUGUGUAAAUUGGUUUAACCACCUUAUUAAGGGCUUAUAUUUUUAAACCUUAUCAACAUAUUUUUGGGUUUCGUAAAAAAGUAAAUUAAUAAAACUUAUGUUUCAUAA